GCUCCAGGCACCGAAGGCUGCAGCUCUGGGUCUCCCUCUCCCUCUCCACCCCCACGUGUCCUGCUGGCUGGUCCUCCGCAGCUGAUAGGAGGAGGCGGAUCCGCGGCCGGUGGGGAGCAUCGUGCGCCCGGCCCCUCGCUGCGCAGCCAGUUCCGCUCGCGUGGGCUGCCCCGGGAUCGGUGCGCGGCGCGGCAGGACCUGCUGCGGGGCCCAGGUUUGUCACCAUGGUGAAGGAAGAUAUUGUGGAGGAUAAUGAAGAUCCAGAGCUGUCUAUAGAGGUGGGAAAUGGCACUAUUCCCAUGAAUCAGAAAACUCAGGAGGUAACUGUCUUGGACUGCAAAGGUACAGAUGGAAAUGCACAAACAGAAGAAACUGCUCUGUUGCACAAUUGUGCAAGGCAACUUCAGAAACCACUGACAGAGUCAAAGCCUCCAGGGAAACUGAGGCAAAUAUUUGCUUGUCCUCCUCAAGGCCUCCUUGCCCGAACAGUGACAAAUGUUGCAACAGUAAUACUUGUCUGGGCUGUGGUCUGGUCCAUCACAGGCAGUGAGUGUCUUCCGGGUGGGAACAUAUUUGGAAUUCUGUUUCUCUUUUUUUUUGCUGUCAUUGGAGGUAAAAUUUUUGGGCUCAUUAGAAUACCAACACUGCCUCCUUUACCUCCUCUCCUCGGGAUGUUGCUUGCAGGUUUUCUCAUCCGAAAUACCCCAUUCAUCAGUGACAUAGUCCAGAUAAAUCCAAACUGGUCUGCAGCGCUGAGAAAUAUUGCCCUUUCCGUUAUCUUGGUCCGAGCUGGGCUUGGCCUUGAUCCAAAGGCUCUGAAGAAGUUAAAGGCUGUCUGUUUAAGGCUUUCUUUUGGGCCCUGCCUCACUGAGACAUGCGCAGCUGCUAUUCUUGCCCACUUUCUGAUGCAUUUGCCAUGGGAAUGGGGAUUUAUAUUAGGUUUUGUUCUAGGUGCUGUCUCUCCUGCCGUUGUGGUUCCCUCUAUGCUGAUCUUGCAAGCAGGCGGGUAUGGUGUUGAAAAGGGUGUCCCGACCUUGCUAAUGGCUGCUGGCAGCAUUGAUGACAUUCUGGCCAUCACCGGCUUCAACACAUGCUUGGGCAUGGCCUUCUCUUCAGGUUCCACACUUUACAAUAUCCUCCGAGGGGUCCUGGAGGUUGCAGUUGGCAUAGUAGCUGGUGGGCUUCUAGGAGUUUUUAUUCAAUAUUUUCCAAGUAAUGAUCAGGCAUCUCUUGUAUGGAAGAGAGCAUACUUUGUGUUGGGCCUGUCCAUGUUUGCUGUUUUUGGCAGCCUGUACUUUGGUUUCCCAGGAUCAGGAGGACUCUGCACACUGGUCUUGGCCUUCAUUGCAGGCGUGGGGUGGUCAAGUGAAAAGGUGGCUGUGGAAGAAAUUGUUGCAGUCGCAUGGGACAUCUUUCAACCCUUUCUCUUUGGUUUAAUUGGAGCAGAAAUAUCCGUUUUGUCUCUCAGGCCUGAAACUGUCGGGCUUUGUGUUGCCACACUGGGUAUUGCCUUAAUAGUACGAAUCAUUGCCACAUUCCUGAUGGUGUCUUUUGCUGGCUUUAACUUCAAGGAGAAAAUAUUUGUCUCAUUGGCAUGGAUCCCCAAAGCCACUGUCCAGGCGGCGAUAGGUUCCCUUGCCUUAGAUACAGCCAGAGGGCAGCAGGAUGAACAGCUGGAAAAGUAUGGAAUGGAUGUUCUGACAGUGGCAUUCUUGGCAAUCCUGAUCACAGCUCCAAUUGGAGCGCUGGUUAUAGGCCUGGCAGGGCCCAGACUUCUGCAGAAGGCUCAGAUAAGCAGUGGUGAAGAGGAGGAAGGUGUUGGAGGAGGAGGAGAAGCAGAGAUCCCUGGGCCCGCAUAGGAAAGAAAUAGUGGAUAGUAUAUUGGUCUCACAGCUGCUGCUACUAGUUACUUAGUAAACACAAUGUCUGUAUUGUUCGGAAGGAAACUGAAAUAGGUAACAAUCAAUUACCGAUCCUAAAACAGCAGCCCCCAUGUUUUGCAAAAUAUUUUUAACUGUUGAUAGAGCCUUAUGAGGAAAGAUGAAAAGAAAUAAAUGUACAAUAUGUAGGCUGCCUAGAUGAUGACUGAUGGGAUAGGAUAAUGGUCUAUGGUUAGUUGAUGAGCGUAGGUGUAAACACCAUGGAAGAAGAAGUGUUCGGGGUGUAUAACUGGAAGAAAUGAGAUGAAAUUUGAACAGAAGAAAAUUUCAAGUGAACAUCAGGAAUAACUUUCUCAUGUUGAGAUUAGAGAUUGGGGAAUAGGAGGUAAGACCCCCAUCCUUGGAGCCACUUAAAGUUAAACAGGAACAUGCAUCUGACAGCUGGUGGACAGUGUAAGGAACAAUCCUGCACCUAAGAUGGUGAUUCUCAACCUUGUCCCAUCUGGGACACCAAAACCUGUGUUUUCAUGCUGUGAUCCUCUCAAGUCUCUUGCAGUCCUUUGUAGUUGCAGAGGAUUGUGUGAUUCAGUCAUAGCAAGAAACUACAGGAGGGUUUGGGUGGUGAGUGUGUGCACUGGUGAUUGGGGUAUUGCUUGUGGGAGUUGCUUGCUGGAAGGCUGUUUGGGGCUGGUAGGGGGAAUGGCUGGGGGGUUGACUGGAGGGGUUGUUUACAGUUGGGAUGGCUACGACUAGGGAUGUUUCAUUUUCUGCUCCCUCCUGCACACACACAACUCACUCAUGGGACACUUCAGCGAACCUGGCCUGAGAGGUGGCUCAGCAGGGGAGGGUGCCUAGGGGAUGGAGCAGCCCCACACUCCCUAGGCUCAGGACCCAGGUGGAGGAUGGGGGUUGAAGAGGGUGCUAAGCCCCUGCCUGGGGUGGGGGUGUGUGUGUGCUGUGAAGCCUGCAGGGCUGGGAUGUGAACAGGCUGGAAAUUGCUUCCCCCACACCACUCCAGAGCUUAGCUGAGAGGUGGAGAGGCUUCUCUGUGCCAGUUCUGUGCAGGGCUUUGGCACAUGCAGGGCUUGGCUCCUCCUGGCCAGCACCCUGGGCUGGAAGGUUUUGGGCUUGCCAUGACUGCCAUGGCAAUUACCAUGGAAAGAAAGAGAGUGACCUGGAGAAACAUUACAUGGAACAAUAGAGAGAGGAGUGAGAUCCAUCAGCGUGGCACUCGGAAGCCUGAACAGACCAGCACAAGACCAAAAUGAAUGGUGGAAACUGGUGGAUGGCCUGCACACCUGAGGAUAAAGGAGAAGAAAGGAAUAUUUGAAUGCUUCUCUCCCUCCCACACAGUUUUUACAAGUGAGGUAUGUACUUAUCAAGGUUAGUUAGCAUGGAGUGAUACGGAUCUUUCUAGAAAGGUAGGUUCCAUAUGGCUUGGAAGUGCAGUAAUACCUGGAAAUGUACAUCUUAACUGAUUCUCCUUCAGAAAUAUCUGACCAGGGGGAGCAAAAGGCUCAGACUUGGGGUUUUUUUCUGAAUACAAACACUAGUCUCUUACUGUUGCAUCCGUCUUUCCCACAUAUUCAGUACAACCUAAUUCAGAUCUGAUUUCCAAAAUAACCUGUUACAAAUUGUAUCUUCCCUCCCCACCUCUCAAGUUGGAAGCAAGCCUCCAACAACCAGUCCUUUCUAAUCAAGGUCAAAAUCUGCUCCUUCCAUUGGACCAGCCACCAGCCUUAAGCCCUCAGUCAGGUAUGUGGUAUUGCCUGCUGCAGUGAAAAAGCACCUGAUGAUCUGUUCUCAGUGCCCCUUUUCCAGCAGAACCUUGGAGUGGCAGACAAGCUAUCUCUCUAGGGAGCUGCUCCCCUUCUCCAGUCAGAGGUGUGGAGUCGUUAAAAACAUCUUUCAGGAAGAGAGCAUCCUAUAUUAUUUUUUGAUUGAGGAGGGAGCACUGCAUUUGAACUCCAUACUGGUGUUCAGCUGCCUGCUUUUACUAACAAUGCUGAAUUGGUUUUAUAGUACUGCAUACGCUUGAUGUACCCAGAGACUUUGGGCUCCUCUUAAUAUUGGUAGGGAGUUAAUCAAUUUUAUGUCCAGCACUUACAUUGUUAACACUAAGUUUAAAAAGGAAAACAAAUAUUUUCUUUAAAAAAAAAAGAUAUUGUGCAAUUCUGAAAUGGCAUUGUGUGUGUACAGGCAUGUGUGUGUAUCAUACAUACAUACAUACAAACAUAACAAAAAAACUUCAGUAAAAUCCUGUUAAGAUUGAUAGAGUGCUCAUAUAUGCAACCAUAAAAAAGGCAGAAAAUGUUGUGAAGUUUUCAUUUAAACAAUGUAGUCUACAGUCUCAAUUCACCUUCUCCAUAUUAUCUCGUAACAAUUUCGUCUUCUCUUCUGCACAAAAUGUGUGACCUUUAACUCUGACCACAUUUGAAAUGAUUAGAAAUUGAUGUUUUCUAACUAUUUGGAAUGAUGAAUUGGUGCUGUGCUUUUUAGUAGAUGGGUAUGCUGUGGAUUUGUAGCUGAUGUCUCCGUUUGUGUUUGUUACUGGAGGGACUGGACUGUUUUUUAAAUAGCAGUAGUUUUAAUAAUUGUUUAUUACAUUUGGAAGUUGUUUGUAGAUGUAUUAUUUAGCGAUGAAAUGAGGAAAUGUGGUGGUUUUUCCAGUAGUUCAUGUCUGUGCUCAGAGUUAGGGAUGUAUGUCUUAUAUGGAAGUAGAGAGAGAAAAAUCAACUUAAUAUAUCAUUUUAAAAGAUAUGUAGGAAAUAGAAUUGUUCUUACUCAGAACAAUGGUUACUGUGCCAAAUUUGGAGCGUUAAUUAAAUUAAGAAAUAGUCCUUUAGCUUUAAGUGCAAAUCUUAAUGCAACUAUGGAAUCACUAAUGAAGUUUCUAAUAUGCACACAUCACCUAUGUGGAGAUGUCUAUGUAAUAAACUGCAGAGCCAUCUGAUAAAUUGCAUUUAUCUCCUGCACCUUUGACAUACCUCACUGUACUUUCUUAAUUUAUCAGUCUCUAGAGGGACCCACUUCCAACCUUCUGAAUACCUGAGCAGCUACAUUCAGCCCCAAUAUUGUCUAUUUUUAAAAAAUAAAAUAAAAAUAAACUGCCAGCUAAAUGUUUCCUCUUCCUUCCUUUCCUUCCUCCUCCUCAAAGAAAAAAAAUUGAUUUUUUUUCUAAACUAAACUGACCCAUGAUAGCUGUAUUAAAUCCUGGACCAGUGACAGAUAUAAAAAUAUCUAAUGACUUUGCAAAAGUAGAGUUUAAAAUGUUGGCCGGGGUGGGGGGGAGGAGAGAUUCCCUGCUUUCCAAAGGGGAUAUAACUUUUGUUUCUAUCCCUAGUAAGAUUUCAGAUAUUGGAACUCAAAGUCAUGAUUUUUUUUUUAAAUAUGGCGAAAGGCUAUUUAGGAUAUUUCUUUAGACAGUUGUUAAAUGUAGGAAUUAUAAUUUAACUUUUCCUCUUCUUUAGGACGUGUCACAAUCUAGAUUGUUUAGCCAUCUAACUGCUGCAUCAUUGAGGGCAACAAGGUGUUGUAGUCAGUCCACUUUCCAGUCUUCUGAUUGUGCACUCCCUUACCAUGUGUCUGAUCAUCUGCACUGCUGCCCCGCACUCACCCUGUGAAGAGUGAGCUAAGCCAAAUUUCUGAACUAUGUCAGCCCCUUGGCCAUUCCAGUCAGCAGCCCAUUAAGCCUAGUCCAGGAUCAGCAUCUGUGGCUGAAAACAGGUAGAUGUUUGUUAGGGCUUCGGUCAGCAUGCCUGACUAUCUCAGAGUUGCUGCCACUCUGCAAGGACAUAGCUGUUGGCCCUGAUAUGCUGCUAGUCAUCUGAGAUUGGCAUUGGGCUGGCAGAAGUGGACAUGAGUGUAUAAACAGCUGCUGCAAAACCAUGUCACAAAGUCAGUCAUGGUGAGUUGUUGAGGGACAUGUCUCUGCCUUCUUGUGGCAUCCCCCAGGAGUAGUGUCAAGUGAAAUGAAAGGAGAUAAAAGGUGGAACAUAGGCUCAUGUUCUAAGCCUGCACUUUUCCUCUGAGUCCUGUAUAGCUGGACUCAUGGCAACUAAUGCCUCCAUUCAGCAAAGCACUUAAGCACAUACUAAAAUUAUGUGCUUAAGUGCUUUUCUGAAUAAAAUUGAUCUCAAGCACAGGCCUAAAACUAGGUUUUACCAACAAAGGGAUUAAUUAAAUAAUCCCAAUAAUAGUUUUAAAAAUCCUUUCAAUAUUUCUACAAUAGUUAUAGUAUGUCACAUUUACAGAGUACAUAAUGCUGUGAUGUGGUAUCAAGGUUUUAUUGACAAUGCUGGGGUUAUUUGCAUAACUCACUCAUUGCUCUGCCACUGAUAAUGCAGGCAAACUUAGGUCAAUAAAGCCUUUUAUGGCAUACGAUGCCAUCUUGUGUUCCCCGCAAUUAAAACAAAAUUCAAUGGAGUUUUAUGAUGCAAACUUACUAUAUGAAGGUGUAAAAGCAACGUAUGUAGGUGAUAUUAUAGAAGCCAAAUAAGAAAACGCCCAAACCUGAUUUUGAUAGUGUGGUGUGCUCUUGAUAUUCUGCAGUGGAUUGAUAUGUGUUCAGGGCUACAUUAGGACAGAAUACAGGAAAACAGCAGUCAGCUAUGUGAACUGCUGGCAUUUACAAAGCUCUGUAAUUGUGGCAGUGAUAUCAAUAUAGGGAAUUACUUGUCUUUUUUUGUCUGUUGGACUGAUAGCUUUUGGUGGUGACUGAUUUAAGAUUAUGAAGCAUAUAACUUAUUAAAAACUUUAUAAAAGUUUAAUAUUUUUACCAAAGCACAAGUCAUUUUUAUAACCUUUGUAUUUUGUUUUUUUUUAAAGAUAUCAUGGACUAUGCCACUACAUUAAGGUUUAGAAUUAAAAGCAUUUUGCUAGUGAUAACCAA